AUGGUGUCGUUGCUAGGUCAAAGUGUGGUCAAUGUUUCGAGCACGAAGCCUGGUGCUAGUGGUAACAACAACGGUGGAGCUGUGUUUGUCAAAGCUGGUUCUGGCCCUAUCGAAGUGCAAAAGGCGUCGUUGGGAACAUAUCCAUCUCGGCGGGUGACAGCGAGUCUGGAAGUGGUGGCCAUAUCGUCGCUCAUGCUGGUGGAAGCUCCAGCAAUGGUGGCGGAACUGUGUCUGUUUCGUCUGGUGUUGGAGCUACUGGGAGUGGCAUUAUCAAAUUGA